AUGAACACCUUUGUUUUAGCUGUAUUAUUCAUAACCGCGGCCACUGCAAUCUACAUUGGUGAAGGCGGCGGAGGAGGAAGAGGAGGCAGCUCUUCGUCAUCUUCAUGGUCUUCUGAAGAAGGCGGACGCGGUGGUGGACGUGGGCGGCCUCACAGACCCAGACCUCCGGGCAGACCUCCAGGUAGACCACAUAGGCCACCACGACCGCCGAGACCACCACCAAGACCUGCCAGAGAAGAGUGUCCUACCGGGUGGCACAGAUUUGAGAGACCGAAUGGAGUUUGGUGUAUUUUAGUCGGAAACCCUGGAAUAACGAACGGAUAUUUUUCACAUCAAGAAGCUGAAACUGCAUGUGCUCGACAAGGAGCGACCCUCACCGGAUUCCAGAAUGAUAAUGAGAGAAUGACAAUUGCUAAUGAUGCUCUUCGAAAGGUUCAAGCUGUUGGCCGAACUGUUGGAGGUCUUUGGCUCGGAGCUACCAAUAAUGCAGGAUGUGCAGUUGCCAGUUGUGGGCCAUUCAACACAUUCAGAUGGACUGAUGGACACACAACUGGAAACGGUGGAUUCAAGUGGGGAGUUGGAGAGCCCGACAACCUGAACUGGGGAGCCACCAGCUGUAUUCAACAAUUCAUAGUGGCUCCUAACUUUGUUGCGGGGCGUGAUGAUUGGGCGGUAUGGAAGACUUCUUUCCAACACGGAGAUCUGGACAAAUACAGAUGUGGAGUUCAAGCAAAGCCUGUCACCAGAUUGUACGCAUGUGGAAAGAGAGGUGUUAGAAGAUAA